AUGUCAAGGGUAGCCCAGCUGGACUCGACUGCCUUAGAUCAGGAACUGCAUAGCCUGUUCAGAACCGAAUUGUCGCAGAAUCUGGAUAUACAUAAGAACGAGGAAGAGUGGCAUUUCGUUCUGGACACUUUGGUGUUCUUCUUUGGCUCCAAGUUCUUCCAAAAAGCACACCAAACCAAGACUUAUGGGUCGGAAUUGAGCGGGGUGACAUACAACUGCAAAAGACGCACUCUGUACAUUGUUGCUAUUUUAUCCAGCUAUCUGGGGUCCAAGAUAUCAAAGAAGGUGUAUUCGACAACGGAUGGUACGGUGUGGAGCCGCCUCAAACCACUGUACGUGUAUCUGAGCCACUUCUACUCGGCAGCCGACUUGGUUAAUUUCGCCUGUUUCCUGCUAUCAACAGGCCAAAGCGACUUUAAAUAUCUCACCCCGAUUCAUCGGCUUCUCGGGGCGUCUUCAUCAACUGACACAUACAAUCCGGUCAGCUUCUAUCACAACACAGUGUAUGCCGGAAUAGAGUUCCAAAACAGACAGCUGUUAUGGAAUGCUAUUCUAGAGUUUUUCAACGCUACGCUCCUUAACAACGCCAGAUGGCUCAAUGGCAGGCGACAGCGUCCUUCUACGACAAAAAUGUCCGCGCAACUCCCAGAAAUAUGCGCAAGAUGUCAAGAGCUUCCCACAAAUCCCUUCCAAAUCCAGUGCUGCCAGGCCAAUUAUUGCUAUGUUUGUGUCAUCAGAGCUAUAGAUUCCAAGUGCUGCGAUAAUUGCAGCUCCUCGACCAAUUUACGAGCAGAGCCAAUCUACUAA